UCCCCGCCAGCGCGCGGAGACUGCAGGCUCCAGCGCAAAAUCCUGCGGGAGAGGAGGUGGGGCGACCGCUGUGGAGGCAGCGCGCCCGCCGGCAGCCUCGUUGUUGCUCCUAGGUGUCUCGCGGUGGUGGCGGUGUUCGCCUUGGUGUCUCCCGCGCACCCCAGCUGCCUCCUAGCGGCGUGGCGCCGGCUCCUAAGCUUAAAAUGACGAAUGUGUGAUAUCAGUAGAAUAAAUGGCGUCCAAAGUCACUGAUGCUAUAGUCUGGUAUCAAAAAAAAAUUGGAGCGUAUGAUCAACAAAUAUGGGAAAAAUCUGUUGAACAAAGAGAAAUCAAGGGUUUAAGGAAUAAACCAAAGAAAACAGCACAUGUGAAACCAGACCUCAUAGAUGUUGAUCUUGUAAGAGGGUCUGCAUUUGCUAAGGCAAAACCUGAAAGUCCUUGGACUUCUCUGACUAGAAAGGGGAUUGUUCGAGUUGUAUUUUUUCCCUUUUUCUUCCGGUGGUGGUUACAAGUAACAUCAAAAGUCAUCUUUUUCUGGCUUCUUGUUCUUUAUCUUCUUCAAGUUGCCGCAAUAGUAUUGUUUUGUUCCGCUUCUAGCCCACAUAACAUACCUCUGACAGAAGUGAUUGGGCCCAUAUGGCUGAUGCUGCUCCUGGGAACUGUACACUGCCAGAUUGUUUCAACAAGAACACCCAAGCCGCCUCUAAGUACAGGGGGUAAAAGAAGAAGGAAAUUAAGAAAAGCAGCCCAUUUGGAAGUACAUAGGGAAGGAGAUGGUUCUAGUACCACAGAUAAUUCACAGGAGGGAACAGUUCAGAGCCACGGUACAAGCACCUCAUACAGUGUUGGCGCUGUCUUCAGAGAUCUCUGGCAUGCUGCUUUCUUUUUAUCAGGAUCAAAGAAAAUAAAGAAUUCAAUUGAUAAAUCAACUGAAACUGACAAUGGCUAUGUAUCCCUUGAUGGGAAAAAGACUGUUAAAAACAGUGAAGGUGGAGUACAAAGCCAUGAACCUCAGUGUGUAACUAUUCGACCAGAAGAGACAACUUGGAACAAAGGAACACCAAGGAACAUUCCUAGCAAAGAUACCCAAAGGACAGUAACAAAUGUCUCUGAUGAAGUCUCCAGCGAGGAAGGUCCUGAAACAGGAUACCCAUUACGCCGUCAUGUGGACAGGACUUCUGAGAGCAUUCUUCGUAAUAGAAAGUCACACCAUUAUAAGAAACAUUACCCUAAUGAGGAUGCCCCUAAAUCGGGUACUAGUUGCAGCUCUCGCUGUUCAAGUUCCAGACAGGAUUCUGAGAGUGCAAGGCCAGAAUCUGAAACAGAAGAUGUAUUAUGGGAAGACUUGUUACAUUGUGCAGAAUGCCGAUCAUCUUGUACCAGUGAGACAGAUGUGGAAAAUCCUCAUAUUAAUCCAUGUGUGAAGAAAGAAUAUAGAGAUGAUCCUUUUCACCAGAGUCAUUUGCCCUGGCUCCACAGUUCCCACCCUGGAUUAGAAAAAAUAAGUGCUAUAGUAUGGGAAGGCAAUGACUGUAAGAAAGCAGACAUGUCUGUACUUGAAAUCAGUGGAAUGAUAAUGAACAGGGUGAAUAGCCAUAUACCAGGAAUAGGAUACCAGAUUUUUGGAAAUGCAAUCUCUCUAAUCCUGGGUUUAACUCCAUUUGUUUUCCGACUCUCCCAAGCUACAGACUUGGAACAACUUACAGCACAUUCAGCUUCAGAACUUUACAUGAUUGCAUUCGGUUCUAAUGAAGAUGUCAUAGUUCUUUCUAUGGUUAUUAUAAGUUUUGUGGUUCGUGUGUCUCUUGUGUGGAUUUUCUUUUUUUUGCUCUGUGUGGCAGAAAGAACUUAUAAACAGCGCUUACUUUUUGCAAAACUCUUUGGACAUUUAACAUCGGCGAGGCGGGCUCGAAAAUCUGAAGUUCCUCAUUUCCGGUUGAAGAAAGUACAAAAUAUAAAAAUGUGGCUAUCUCUUCGGUCCUAUCUUAAGCGUCGAGGUCCUCAGCGAUCAGUUGAUGUAAUAGUUUCCUCUGCCUUCUUAUUGACUAUCUCAGUUGUGUUUAUCUGUUGUGCCCAGUUGCUUCAUGUGCAUGAGAUCUUCCUUGAUUGUCACUACAAUUGGGAACUCGUAAUCUGGUGCAUCUCACUAACACUUUUUCUGCUGAGAUUUGUUACCCUUGGGUCAGAAACAAGUAAAAAAUAUAGCAAUACCUCAAUAUUACUUACUGAACAGAUAAACCUAUACUUGAAAAUGGAGAAGAAACCUAACAAAAAAGAGGAACUGACAAUAGUGAAUAAUGUUUUAAAACUGGCUACUAAACUGCUAAAGGAAUUGGACAGCCCCUUUAGGUUAUAUGGGCUCACAAUGAAUCCACUGCUUUAUAACAUCACCCAAGUUGUCAUCCUGUCAGCCGUUUCUGGUGUUAUCAGUGACUUGCUUGGAUUUAAUUUAAAGCUGUGGAAGAUCAAAUCAUGACAAUUCAGAGAAAAGAAGAUGUAGCCUCUUUUCCAGAAUAAGAGUACCAACUAAGCUGCCUGAAAGCAGUCACUCUGCUUCGGGAGUCUCAGCUGGGAAAUUGAAGUGUUUACAUCACACUGUCUUGUGCAAUUCUUAUAUUUAUUUUACUUGUUCACUGUUUUUUUUACAUUUACUUCAGUCUUUAUAUUUUAUUUUUAGCAUUGAUGUGUACGUAAUUGUUGAUGAAGGGGGUGAUAAAACUGAUAUCCAGAUACUUGAGAUCCUGGUAAUUGCUUAUAAAUAAUUGACAAAACAACAGAUCGUGAGAAUAGAAGCCAUUGCUAAGCACUGUUUCUCCACCAAUGCCGUGAACUUGCCUUACUUGAGGAAAACUUCUUUAAACUUUGAAAUAUUGCAUUGGACUCCAGCUAAACCUGUAAAGCAUUUUCUUCAGUAAAUCAAGAUCCAGUUAGGGCUUCUCUUGAAUUAUUUUGGAACAAUGCCAGGAUUCAAACUGAUUAAGCUGCAGUUAAGCACCCUUCAGUAUUAAUAUAUAUAGUAUUACGUAACAGGUCAACAAAGUGCUCUUUGAUAAUAAAACUCUUAAUAGAGCAAUAAUUGUAAAUGGUUACCAUACUGUAAGAUAUUUUGAUAAAAAUUUACUAGUAAUAAUUGUAUUUAUUUGAAACACUGGGCUGUUUGCACAGCUCUAACUGUGCAUGCUCAAAAUGUGCACUUUUUAAAAUUGUUACUUUUAAAUGCGUAUCUUUAUAUGGGAUAUGUUAUAGUGUACUAGGGCAUGAUAUGGUAUCCUUUUGAGUGAGGUAUAUACUCAUCUCACAAGUGAAGUGCCUAUUGAUAUUACUAAAGUAUAUAUGUUUACUGAAGUAAAAUAAUUUUCUCCCCAUGGUACACUGUAGUGUGUGCUCUUCAUACCACACUCGAAUGAACAACUUAAGAAUCAAUAAAAUAUCCCUGAUUGAUAGUUAUAAAAGUACUAUAUACCCAAAUUUUCAGAAAAGACAGCUUCAGCUUGCAAAUUCUAUCCCCUAAACUUAAUCUGGUACAUUUCCUACCCCACCCCCAUCUCUACCCAAUUAUAUAAGGGCUAUUUUAGAUGUUUUUAACCUGGACAGUUAACCCACCACCACACCAACCCCCAUCUCAACCCCCAAAUAAUUUGCCAAGUGUCCAGUUGAGAACUUAUUGUGUUGGCACCUUAGGUAAAUAGGGCAAAUAUGAUGGUAUCUUAUUGGGACUAGAUUUUAAGUUGUUAUAUUUGUACAAUCAAGAAUAUUUUAGGAAAUAAUUAAAACAUGGAAAU